AUGGCUCUCCAGAGCUUCGUUACGAUUGCAAUACUAUUUAAUUGGGGCUUAGCGGUAUCGGCGUACCCUCAAGCACAGGAUCUUGGAGAGGCGCAGAAGAUCUAUCCACGGACUGUAUCUGGUGACGUCCAUCAGAUUUCGGUACCAACAAACAGUACGACAGCUCCGCCGCUACCACCACCACCCAUAGGCGCCAUCGAGUGUUUCUCGUCUGGCGUAGACCGUAAAGCCACAGACGUCGACGGCUGCCGUCCUACACUCAACCACUUCCGUACAUUUCCCAACUAUCGCCUCAUCCAAGAUUUCAUGGAAGGCCGAUACCCAAAGCUACCGUCUAAGCCUCCAUACGCCAUCCACCAAACACAGAGUACCUGCGCAGUGCAGAUUGCUUCGGGAGAUUCUUAUACCAUCGAUGACUUCUCGUUUGAGCAGGCUAGAGCUUUGGCAACUGAGAUACUGGAGGUUUGUCAGGAUCAUGGCGGUUGCGGGGGAUUCGCGCCAAUUGGGCAUGGGGUUGGGUGGAAAGUCGUUGUCAUCGGAUUUACAUUGCCUCCGGGUCCUCCUGAUCGUACAGGCCUGCUUGAGGAAGUUGGUUCAGGGAAUGGGACGUCAAUGCCAGUCAGGAUCGCUGAGGCUUGA